AUAUAUGAAAGGCUGAGCGAUCAAAGGAGUCUCGCUCCUCUGGAUCGGCGUCUACGGAAGCUAGGUUUCCUAGAUCGUUAUCAACCCAAUGAAUCCGAUUCAGCAGCGGUUAUCAAUUCCCCAAAGAUCCCUACUGAAUCGAAUAAAAGCUAUUCUCUCUUGCGACUGUCCAUGGAUUCGCUCGCUGUUUCUAUGGUACAGGCCGUUAUAAAGGAGAUGCUUUAUGAUCAAACGGACUUGGAAGAAGCGUGGAGCGUGAUACACACACGAGAGCUCUUACAGUGCUACGGAAAUGAACAUCAGGAUAGGAGAAUGGCCCCUCUCGAUUUAGAAAAGGCACAGAAAGAUAUCCAAGAUGUGAUCAUGAAAGCUGGCAACUUUACUCUACCUCCGCCUAUCAUUGAGACCCGUGAUCCGAGAUCGCCAUCACCAUCAAUAGGCCAACCUAUUGACUGUAACCCAGUGCCACCAGAAGUAUCUCGUAUCGACAAUACAACAAGAUCCUCAACAAGGGGUGAGAAGAGGAAAAGGAAGAAGAGAAAUCACGAAGCCAAAGCAAGCACAUCGAUUCCAUCUCCCUCUGUGGUCGACGAGGAAUCCAAAGAGGCAACUAUGGGACAGCAUCAAACUGAAACGUCUGCACAGAUGCAAGAAACGACCCAAGAGGUUCGCCCGAGUCCUAGUCCCGAGCAACCAGUGACCGAAGUCGAUCACCCUGCCACAAUACCGGAUACAACUGAAGAUACUCCAAUAAUUGAA